CUUGGUCCAUGCAUCAGAUCAGCUUUACCCGCGACGUCUGCGCAUCACAUUACGCCCAUCGUGAUCGCUGUCGAUGCGAGCGGCGACGAAGAAUUGGGGAGAGUCCGAGACCGAGACCAAACCCCGCGCAGCUGAAUUCUCACCCUCUGAGGCUUGGCGUUGCAGCCUCCCUCCUCCCCUCGUCUGCCCGUCCGUCUGCCUCGGCCCCCUCCGCAGCUCAGCUCCUCCCCGCAACUACUAUCUACCCUUGUCUCACCAACCUUGUUGCAUCGGCGCUAGCGAUCGAUUCGCCAGCAGCAUGCUGAGACGCGGCGCCGCGACGCGCAAAACUUUCACGGCGAUGGCGCUCAGGCCCACGCCGCCACACGCCACGCGCUCGCUAUCCGAGCGUAGAGUAAAGGUUCAGAGUGGCGCCGGGUGCGGGGCGGGUGUCACUGGCAUGCACGGACGGCUCUGGGUCGCUGGAUUGCUGGAUCGGAAGCUGGGCUCUGGACUGUACGAGUACAAUAUGAGAGAUGUGAGGACAGAGGUGAUUGCCGAGUUGAGCUCGGCACGUCCACACGCACUUGGCUGGGUGAUGGCGACCACUAAAUGUCAACCAUCAUCAAGCGGGAGGCGCGGUAGAGGUUGGGGUCCAAUGCAUUUGGAGCCAUCAUGAUCUCAGAUAAUGCAUGCGCAUGGACUUGGUUGUGGCGGAUUCAGCGUUUCGGCCGCCACACUGAUAUGUCGAAUUGAGCAUGUUUGUGUCAACACGCCGUGACGUCCAGGCCAUUUGGAUAGUUGCCAUCAUCGGUGCGGCGGUUGCCUGGGUACAUCACCUCUCGUCCACUCCGCUCUCCU